AUGGGCAAGAUCCGCACCAAGACGGUGAAGCGCGCAUCCAAGCAGAUCGUGGAGAAGUACUUCUCGAAGCUCAACAAGGACUUCUACCAGAACAAGCGCGUCAUCCUUGAUGUCACCAUCGCCCGCUCCAAGAAGCUGAAGAACAAGAUUGCCGGCUACACGACGCACAUCAUGAAGCGCCUUGCGCGCGGCCCCGUCCGUGGCAUCUCGCUGAAGCUGCAGGAGGAGGAGCGCGAGCGCCGCAUGGACUACGUGCCCGAGGUGUCGCACGUCGACCAGGCCAUCCAGGACGGCGUGCAGGUCGACAAGCAGACCCUUGGCAUGCUGAAGCGCAUGGAGACUGGCGUGCCGCGUCACGUCGUGCUCGCCAGCGCUGUGGCGCCCGUCGUGAAGAAGGGUGGCCACCGCCGCCCGCCUGCCCGCAAGUAG